AUGUCUAAUCGGAUCUAUGAGCGGCAACUAGACUUUCGGGUCAACCAGCAGCCAGCAAAGGCGUUCGACGACAGCCUUCUGCACGCCGGGGUCCAGGCGAGGAAGCGCAAACGUGGAGAUACUGAGGGACAUGGCAACAAGAAGCAGAAGCAGGCAGACGCUGGUCCAACGAAGUUGAGCGCACGCAGGGCUGUCAAGACCGAGAUUCAUGCCGACGCCUGGCAUGUCAUCUUCACCCACUGCGAUCCGUCAAUGCUCUUCGCCUUGAAGAGCGUGAACCGAGAGUUCCGCAAGCUCCUCGACUAUGAGGGCACUUGGAAGAAAUGUCGCCUCAACAACUAUGGCGAGGACGUCCCACCACCUCCGGCCGGUUUGAAGGAGUACCAAUAUCUCGAUCUUCUCGACGGACAGAAGGAUUGCAUGUCGUGCGGUCAGAAGGGCAUCCGAAAGACGUAUUGGCCCUUUCUGCGUCGCUGGUGCAAGUCAUGCUUCAAGAAGAAGACCAUGAAGCGUGUUGAUGCUCUACUACACCUCGAGGCCGCUCCCAAUCUACUUGAUUGCAUCAUCUUCGCUACCACAGACCAGUUCUACAACUACGAACGGGUCGGAACGAAUGGGAUGAGUGGCCGGUCAAUCCAGCAGCACUCUGUCUGCCUUCGCGAGGAUGUUACGCGGAUAUCCAAGGAAUACGAGGUCUUCAUAAGCAGCAUGCCAACGGAUGCUACCCUGUCGCCAGAGGUCAAGGAAAUGAAAAAGGAACAGUGGAGGAAUCAGAAGGUGUCUGAGGUACAGGCGCUUCAGAGGGAUAUCGAAACUCUUGAAGCCUGGGCUCGUCAGAAUCUCUCCGAUCGCAGCUUGAAGAUCCAGGACGUCAAAGGCCAACGAAAGGCAGCCUUUGUAUCAAGAGCUCUGUCGCUAGAGCCACCUAUCACAGAAGAACUUCUGAAGUUCAUGAAGCCAUUCCACGACGCUAUCCAGAUCAACAAGCCGUUUUCGGAAAAGUCGUGGACGACGCUUCGCACUAAGUUGGAGGACCGGCGAGCUGCAGCGGAGGCGAUGUUAGCCUUCGAGAAACUGGCAAAAGACCACGACCGAAUGAAUGCUUGGCAGGACUACCAGAGGCAGCGCGAUUGGCAUACUUCUGAACAACAGGAGCGCGUGCGUAAAGUGGCUAGCGAAGUCAUACGUAAUCUGGAAGCCGAGUCCGCAGCCUUAGGCCCGAUGGAUUACCAGGAGUUCACUAUCCGCGCGUUACAAGAGAUUCACAGCCGAUGCGAGAAGGCUCUUCCACUAGGCGUGCCCAAGAACUUUCCAGCCGAGCUCAGGCAGCACCUCCUAGGUUCCGUUCUUGCCAUUGACGAUGCGAUCAUGCUCUACGCGAGGGAUAUCCGACCCGCUAUCGACAGGCUCCCAGAUGCGCCACCCGCGAGGCAGAGGCUUUUCAAGUGUCCUGGAUGUAUGCGGAACGAUACUACCCACCUAUAUCAGUUUCAUGACCUUUUCAAGCACAUUCGUGACAAACACGCAUGUUUUGCUAGCGCUUUCGACAGCUUCUGGUGGGCUGGGGGUAAGGAUGCUCGGCCGCUGUGGUUCGCCGUUCCCUGGCCGCGCAAUUUGCCUCUACUAGCGAAACACCAGAAGGCGGACGGAAAGUAUGAUCCUGAUGCUGUGACUCCGUACAAACGACCUGUACAGAUUACGCAGUCAUCAGCUGCGGGCACUAUCUCUGCAUUUGAAGGACGAUCCGCCGGCACACUGCCCACCUCAGCUGCCGACGAGUCAACCGCCGACAGACCAGCCGGUUUUGUCGGCAACAUCGUCGAUGCCUCACGAGUUCUCCGCAGGACGCCGCUGGGUCCGCAGUUCAGAAGCAGAAUCGCCCUGUCUUACGCCUUGGAGAAACAUUCAUCUCAUUCUAUCCACGGCGCUAGUGACUGGAGCUUUUCGACUAUAGAGGACGGUACAGGAGUCAAAUAUGAACCACUUCCUUCCAUCGCCCUGGCUGAAGAAAUGAUCAAGGCCCUCGCCAAGGAUGGCGAUCACGACCUGUUCAACCGCCUUUGCUGCGAAGCUUGCGCAACGGAUCGCCACAACGCUACUAACGCCUUUGGCAAAAAUCACGGCGCCACUCCGCAAUCUCGCGAGGAGCUCGUCACGCACUACCGGUCCGCCCAUCGCCACCACUAUGGGCAGAGAAUGGAAAUGAGGGCCUGGACCGAGAAGCUGUUCAAGCUGCCGACUGGCGAGGAGCUGUGGAUUGCGCUGACCCAGCCGGCCAUGGGCGUCGCGAUGGCGGCUUUCGAUACACUCUUCCCGAAGAAUCCCUCGAGUGGCAAUUGA